AUGCCUUCCUUUGACUUGCAUCCUGGUUUUGCGGGGCAAUCUAUCCGCAGCAAUCCAUGGAUGCCUUCGCAGUUCGUCGUGGCCUCUUCGCAGCAUUUUGGUGUGGUUGGAUCUGGUAAGGUCUACAUCGUUCAGACCACUCCCGGUUUCGCCGCCGGUAGUCCGGUCCAGCUCGUUGCGUGUUGGGGGACCCCUGACGGCGCAUUUGACGCCUGUUUCAGUGAAGUUGACCAGAACAUACUUGCGGUUGCGUGCGGAGAUGGCGUGAAGGUGUUUAACAUUCAACAGUGUGCGAACCGGGACGGCGCGAUGCCGAUGGUGCACAACGCGGAGCACCAGAAGGAGGUAUCGUGUGUUGUGUGGAACUCCUGCAAACGUGACACGUUCUUUUCCGCGAGCUGGGACACCACAUUAAAGAUGUACAGCGCCAUGAACCCGAACGCCUCGAUUGUGACAAUGCAGGAGCAUUUUAAGGAGGUCUACGAAAUCGCAACGACCGCGCACAGCCCAACCUCGAUUCUCUCGUGCUCCGGGGACGGCACGUGGAAGCUGUGGGACACCCGCACCGCGCCGUGCCGCUCCGUCCUGACGCAGAUGGCGCACCAGGGCCAGAUUGUGCUUUCCAUUGACUUCAACAAACACGACCCGAACCUCUUCGCGACAGGUGGGGUAGACCGCACGGUGCGGCUAUGGGAUGCUCGCCGGCCGGCGGAGCCACUGGCUUCGCUGCCUGGUCAUCAGCAGGCCUGCCGCCGCGUCCGGUUCUCCCCGAACAGCCGCACACUGCUCGCGUCGGCUGGUUAUGAUAUGCGCGUCUGUGUAUGGGAGCUCAACCAACCCCAAAAGCCUAUGAUUGCGUGCUACUCCCACCACAGGGAAUUUGCUGUCGGCCUCCAGUGGUCUGCGGCGGCUCCAAACAAUUUAGCUACCGUUUCGUUCGAUGGGACGGCCUUUUUCCUGACUGUUGGCCAGAUGCCAACCCGUUCGCCACCUCAGCCGCUCCAAGUAUCUGCGGUCUCUCCACCUCGCAUCCCACGGCCACGCACCAGUCUACUUCCUGGGCUACCGCAGGCAGGUCCACCAUUGCCCUUGUCCCCUCGCUCUCCGCGUUGA